UCAAUAUAAUAAACAAGUUUGCCAACUAUACUGGCGUGCAAUAAUUUUUCUUAAAUAUUGCCUUUAAUUGUAACUCAAUAUAAAUUUAAUUGUAACAAAUGGAAUCAAUUUUAAAAUUAAUACCAAGGGUAGUUAUGCUAUCAAUUUUUGUCUGUUUGACUGGGUUUUCAUGUCAACCAAGCUUGAUUAAUUGGGAAUUAAAUAACGAAAUGGAAAAACUGCUUGGAGAAAUAAAAAUUGAAAAUAUAAAAGAGAAAAACGAAGCCACUAUAGAAAAGCAAAUUGACGCGAAAAAAUUGUUUGAUAACACUUUUCUUAAACCUAAGCCAAUCGAAAAGAUUUUAGAUAUUGAAGACAACGAAGACGAAAUAAAAACUCAAAUUGAAACUCGAAAUCGAAUCGUGAGAGAAAAAUCUGAACUUAUAAAUAAAUUAAUUAGUAACCAUUUAAACCGAGUUAUUCAAAUCAGAGAUGAGCUUUCAAGACGAAGGUCGUUAGCAAAAAGUGAUUAUAGAGGCACUGUACCCCCAGGACUUCAUGAUGAACCAAAAUAAUGUAACUAGUUUUCGACCAAAGAAUUUAACAGGGAAAAUAAAAAAUUUAAUUUGGCCACUAUUUAUUUUAUAAAUUUCAAAUAAACAUGUGAUCUACGACGUCAUAAACAUUUAAUAAAUUUAAAGAAACGUGAUCAACUACGGCAUAAACAUUUUAUAGUAAUGUGUUAAUAAAUGAAAAAUAUGUAAAAUUUCAAAAUGCUUUCACAUGCUGUUUUAUUCCAGCAUGCUGUUUUAUAUAUAUAAACGUUAAACAUUACAAAGUUUGGUUUACCCAAAACGAUCAAAACUAAUAGCUAUAGUUUAAAAUACACAGUUGACAUUGCGCAAUUGACGUUACACAGUUGACAUUACACAAUUGACGUUACACAGUUUACGUUAAACAACACGUCAAGCCUUUUUUCAAGGCCACUUAAAUGCAUUGAUCAUUUAAUACAGUCUUUUUUACCGUCAAACAAAUACAAUCUGACAAACGUGAUGCUGUUGUAUAUAUGCAGUUAUAAUAUAUAUAUGAUGUAUAUUUAAUAUAUGAUUUUUAUGUAAUGUGUUGCAAAUGAUGCGCACGAAAUAUAUAAAUGUUUUGAAGUUUA